GCCCUACCCAGCUCUCUUAUUAAGUGCAAUUGAAACUAUGAAUGUUAUCUGUGAAAAUAUCUAACCAUUAAGUCGUUCCUCAGGUCCCUACUCAUUCCUAAGGAACCCUUCACAUCGCCGUCCAGAUCCAACGCCCUACUCUCUUACCAAAUCCCCUAUAACAUACCAAACGUCGAUUAUGGUCCCUCUUACCAUAUCUUCCAACCGGCGCCCGCGAACCCCUACGGCAUCCCUUCUAGCCACGAGACAAUCCACAAAAUGCUCAGUCGCGGAUGGUUCGUCGCCGUCCCCGACUUCGAAGGUCCUUACACGGGGCCUUCGGCCCAACCGUCCAAGCCGGCCACGCCACGCUCGACGGCACCCGUGCCGUGCCCUCUCUCCUUAUUCCGCAAUUCCGAGUUCUUGCUCUUGCCCGCCGGCGCGGACAAGUUCAGAUACGCCUUGUGGGGGUAUAGCGGCGGCUCGCUCGCUCGCCUCCGCGAAGGCCGUCGAGUUGCAGGGCCAGUACGCGCCCGAGCUAUUGAGGGCCUUCGCGGGCUCCGCGGUGAGCGACAUAGGGUCUAUGUUCACGCCGAUUGCGGACAUGGACGAGCACAUGGCGCACUUCAAGCGGUGUGGAGGUUCUAUUCUGUACGAGCGCAACACGGUGAGCAAUCAUAUUUCUGAGAUUUCCGAACGGCCAAGACAGAGCGCUAGAGUGGACGGGCGGCGCCUUUAGCGGCUCGUAGAGGACUGCGAACCAGGGAGUUAAGAUUCGUAAUGUCGUGGUUGACGUCUCGGCGCCACCAACCGUCUAAAGCCCUACAGGGCUUUGAGGACGGAGGAAAUGAAAGGACUGAUUGCCUGGGACAUAGGUAUUAUAAUAUCUAAAGUUUUAUGGUGUCAACAAAAGGCUAGAAUCCUAGAUGUUCGCAAUCGUAUAGUUCCAAUCUAAGGCAACUGUAAAGUAUACCUCUUAUACUUUAGUCUUUGCGCCUCACGUGGUGUUUCGCAACGGCGAUGUCCCUUUCCCUCUUUCUGUAUUAGCCAUGCUAUACCUUUACUGUAGAAAUGUUGAUCUGUAGGUGGUUCACACCGCGGAAGAGGUAUCAAGUUAGCACCGGUUGGCACCGUAUAAAGACCCCAUCACCGAUGCAUAUAUGAGUAGCGUCGCGUACGGGCUACGGCAUAGGCGGUGUAAUUGGUUUGGCACUAUUCGCCGACUCGUUUUACUUUCUUGUUCUUUUCGAUCCAGGUUUCCUCGUCAGAGAGAAUACCGAGGGAGUCACG